GUAAACCCAGAAAAAAAUACUUGUUCAAUUUAAUUUUUUAUCUUCAUAUUUAAAAAAGCGGCAAGAUUAAUAAUAAAAAUACAGUUAAUUUUAUUACUUUAAAAUGCGCAACGUUGAAAUAAAAGCCAGAGUGAAUGAUUUUGACGCAAUAUGCAAGAUUGCCGAAGAGUUAAGCGGUGGAAGUCCGAAGUUAAUUCCACAGGACGAUACGUUUUACAAAGUGAACAACGGCAGACUAAAGAUGAGGGUGUACGCUGACGAAUCUGCGACCCUCGUAAGAUAUGAUCGUGAUGAUGAGCAAGGUCCAAAGCUGUGUGAUUACGAUCUUCUGGAGUUUUCUGUCAACGAACGAGACAAGUCAAAGGAGUUGGACGAUAUACUUAAAAAGUGUAUGGGCAUACGUGGAAGAGUUGUGAAAGAGAGAAGACUGUACAUGGUCGGCCAAACUCGCAUACACAUAGACAAAGUGCAAGACCUCGGUAACUUCAUGGAGUUGGAAGUAGUGCUCCGACCUGAGCAGAGCUUAGAAGAAGGACAAGAAAUAGCACGAGAUCUCCAGAACAAACUUGGUGUAGAGAACAAAGACUUGAUACAGUGUGCCUAUGUUGAUUUGUUGGAUAAUAAAUAAUCUUGUAAUGUU